AUGUCAAUCCGAGUGACGCGGUCGCAGACUGGAAAUACGCCUAGCAAGCCUGAACGUCCUGGUUAUGUUGAGACUCCUGGACGGAGGAGGUCGCAACGCAAAUCUUUCAAUCGGAACAUUGAUGACGCGUAUGAUUCGACGCCGGAGCCGGAGGCAUUCUCACAGUUCGAUACGACUGUUGUGAAGAAUGGGAAUGGAGAGGCUAAGCGUAGUGUAUAUACCAAUGGGCAUACGAAUGGACACACGAAUGGACACGUAAACGGAAGCGCGAAUGGACACGCCAAAGAAUUAUCCAAGAAGGAUGCGCACGAAUUCAAGAUGGAGGCGGACAAGAACUUCGCGAAAAGAGACUCAUCUGGCCAAUCAGAGUUUGGGGGUGCCCUUGGAAUGAGUGCCAUGAUGAUUGGAUUUCCCGCCCUCAUGUACUACAUGUGGAUCGGAGCCAUCUUCUACGAUGGCAAGUUCCCCAAGCCAGCUGAUGGUCAGAGCUGGCAGCAGUUCUUUGAGCACUUGUGGUUUCUCGUCAAAACGGAAGCAUACCCAAACAACCGCGCAUGGAGGAUCUAUUGGUUCUUUGGACUCGGCCAAAUGGCUUUCUACAUGCUCAUGCCGGGAGUGUACCGUAAGGGUAAGGCUCUACCUCACAUGGGCGGCAAGCAGCUCGACUACUACUGCUCCGCCAUGUGGUCCUUUUACUCCAGCAUCAUUAUCAUGCUGGUUCUUCACUUCACUGGAAUCUUCAAGCUUUACAGUCUCAUCGAUGAGUUUGGGCACAUCAUGAGUGUCGCCAUCAUCUCUGGCUUUAUGUGCUCAGCUAUUGCAUACGUCUCAGCGCUGGUACGUGGAGUUACCAUUCGCAUGACCGGCUCUCCCAUUGUCGACUUUUUCCUGGGUGCAGAGCUCAACCCAAGGCUUUUCGGCAUCCUCGAUUUCAAGAUGUUCCUCGAGGUCCGCAUUCCUUGGUUCAUCCUCUUCUUCUUAUCCCUAGGCACAUGUUUAAAGCAGUACGAGCAAUACGGAAAGCCGUCAAUGGAAGCAAUAUUCCUCCUCUUUGCUCAUUACCUCUACGCCGGCGCCUGCGCAAAGGGCGAGCAUUUGAUCAUCACAACCUGGGACAUGUAUUACGAAAAGCUCGGCUUUAUGCUCAUCUUCUGGAACAUGGCUGGCGUGCCCCUGUCCUACUGCCAUUGCACCCUCUUCAUCGCAACGCACCACCCAUCAGAGUACACAUGGCCGGCGUGGUUCAUUGCGCUCCUCACUCUUGGAUAUCUCGGCAUGUACUACAUCUGGGAUACCACCAACUCGCAAAAGAACCAGUUCCGCCAAGAAGAACGCGGCGUCGUCGAAGAGCGCACCACAUUUCCCUACUUCAAGUACGGGCGCAUUGCAAACCCCAAGACUAUAUCUACGCAAGCCGGUACUAAGAUUCUCGCUGAUGGGUGGUACGGCAAGGCGCGCAAGAUACACUACACGUGCGAUCUUUACUUCGCUCUCUCAUGGGGUCUUAUCACAGGCUUCAAGUCGCCCUUCCCGUGGUUCUAUUCUGUAUUUUUCACUGGCAUGAUUAUCCACCGUGCGCUAAGAGACAUUGAGAAGUGUAGAGAAAAGUAUGGUGAAGCGUGGAGGGAAUAUGAGAGGCAGGUGCCUUACCUUUUCAUACCCGGUAUCUUCUAG